GCAACAUCCUCGCAAGCUAUCGAAGCCACCGUCAAGCAGGACGAACCAGAGGAGGCUCUCGCUAUUCCAACACCCAUCGGCUGUUGGAAGGUCAUCUCGCCUGACGGUCGUGAAGAGCGCGUCUUUAAGCCAAUCCCCGGCUUCGAACAUCUAUUCAACGGUCCAGCACAGUUGCAGGGACUUCCUCGUCCGGCAGAAUCGCCUAGAGCUGUUGCGACGCCAAUCUGCCAGCCUGUCGCAUCCCAGUUACCGGCUACGUCGAGAGAAGGCCAGACUAAGAAGCGUAAGAGAACUCGGUCACAAGCAAGGGGACGCCUAAGUCAAACCGUGGCUCGGCAGCCUAGCGACGAUGAAAAUGACGAACAAUACGACGACAGAGAUGCCAGUGUGCCAACCGCAAAGUCCUACACCUUCUACAUUGGCGACGUGAAAGAGCUCAAGCGCUUUUUCCGAAAACGGCUAGACGAACUCACCAUGAAGCCAGUACGGCCUAUCGUCACGGCUUGGGUCAAGCUACUGGAGCCGAAACGUUUGACCCGGUUCGGUCCAUAUCACAAGAAGUUGCCUAAUGAACAGCCUCAGGAAUGUACCCCACCUUGGUGGCCCCGGGACGUGCCCUAUGAAGAGCCCUCUCACCUGGACAAAGAUGUCGAUCUCAUGCUCCAGCACCGUGAUAUCGACGUGGGCAAGCGUAACAUGGACUGGGUCACCAGGCUCAGGAAUGCAGCGCACUAUGCCGUAGAAACAACACCACCGGAUCAGUUCUCCUCGUCCAAAGGUUCUGCAUUUAGUGAGAGGAUGCAAGGGCGAGCCCUGGGCGAGAUCAUACCGAAUCUUUUCAACAUUGCACUGUCAUACCAGGAACAUUUUGCGAGAUACACCCUCUAUGAAGGUACAAACAAUCGGGAUCCUGGCAUAGGCAUACAUGUGACCUGGCAGCCACUUACGAGACCACCACGCCAGACUCCCGCUCCUAGGAAGCGCGAUCGACAGACCAGGACGAGGCCAGCAUCAAGAAUAGAGUAUGACGCCCACGAAUCUGGCCACGACACCGAGGUCGACAACACCGCAAUCGAGUCGCAUCUGCGAUCAGAGGGGCAGGUUCGAGAACCGCGACAACAGGCGCGAGCUCCCAGUCACGGAGAUCCAACUCCGCAUCUACCAAACAUGCAUGUGAGCAGCUCCAUGCCAACGCUGGACACCUCCUUUGAUCAGUCGAUGCACGCUUUUCACCUAGGUGACAGCAUGGACUUGAACGUCAAGCUGGCCGACCAUGUACCGUAUCAGGGUCGAUUUUCAGCCCGGAGUAACUUUGAUUACGACCAACCAAUGCAGUUCCCAAACGGUCUUCCAAGUUACCAUCAUAUCCCACAGCCACAACAGAGUGUUGGCCGAUCCGACAUAAUCCCAGCGACCACAUCUGGAUACGAGCAGCCAUUCUCCAUGUUCCCAGCCUACCAUCCUCAAGCCGGAAUUUCAACAGUCGCGACCAUGGCAACACCACGAGGCGGAAAGAGCGGCGGCGGAGGCGACCGAGGACGCGGUCCCAAAGGCGGCAACAAUUUCAAUGCCAAUCGCGCGCGCGGUAGAAACAAUGCGCAAAACGAGGAGCGACCGGCGCAAGGCCUAUACACACCCGGGCAGGGACGAGGACGGAGCGCGGAUGCGAAGAACAACCACAGCAAUUCGAACUCUUCUAAUACAAGCCACUUCGGCGCGUCGAGCACGCCAUCGUUUGCGCCCCACGAAUAUCAGAAGCGACUACAACACAUCAAAGCGGAGCGCCCCAAGAUACGCGAAAAGUUCAUUCGUGACGGCCUGAUGAAUCCAGAGGGCCAAAUGCGCCUGGUCGAUUCCGUCAAGCUGUACGGCUUGUGCCAGGAGAUGUGUCCGGAAUACGAGCGCGUGCGUCGCAUAGUCGAACUGGACGUCAAGGCGCCAGAAUGUACACCCGAGACCCAACAUCUACCGUCCCGUAGUCAACGCAUCGCAGACGAGUCGCGCAUGGUCAAGGCAUAUGCACGCUCGGCGGCAGGCAUGGACGUGGAGCUGGUCUCGGAGAUCCGGUCGCCGCCCACUUGCUUGAGAACCCUCAAGUAUCUGUACGGACGCCUAGAUGAAGAUGACUUCCAAUUCCUUCACUCAUGGCUCUGGGACCGCACGCGAGCCAUUCGAAAAGAUCUCCGGACGCAGCGCAUCGAAAACAGAGCCGACAUCGCCAUACUGCUCACUUCCCUCGAGUACAGCGCCCGAUUCUACAUGCUUUCGGCCCACCACAUGGCACGGAGUACAAAGGACGAUUACUCGCAUCAGCAAGACGUCGAGCAGCUGAACCAGACGCUCAUCUCGCUCAAAGAGCGGUACGCCGACAACCGACGGGCCAACAUCAUUUCAGAAUGCGAAGCCGAAUUCUGGGCAUACCGACUGAUUCUAGCCCCCAUCUACGCCAGUACCCAACUCGAGAACGAACUCCAUCGUCUACCCAGCGACCUACGAAACAAUCCACGAGUGCAGACCGCUUUGGAGAUCUUCCGCCUCCUCAAAACCAUCAUCAUUCACAACAACUACAAGAGCUUCGUGCAGUGCCAGUCCAACUGGAAGCGUUUCUGGGAUCUGGUCAAGUCGCCAAGGGUGUCAUAUCUCAUGGCAUGUGCGGCCGCUAUAUCCUUCAAUAGGGUCCGCCACGUUGUGCUUGACGUAGUAUGGCGUUGUUAUCGGGUCGGCCUGUACAGGCACCAAGUCCCUGUCGAGUUUUGGACAACGGACAAGCUGAGGGAAGUUCUUGGUAUGGAUACCGAAAAAGAAGCCGUGGAGUUUUGUGAGGCGCACGGCUUCGUGUUCGAGCUCAACGAGGAAGGCCGCACUUUCAUGGACAUCAAGCAAAAGAACUUCAACCGAAAAGCCGACGUGCUUCCGAAAGCCGAUGUCAAGCCUCAGUUCUUUUCCGAAACGAUUGUCGAGGUAAAGCGAUGUGGCCGCCCAUUAUCAGCUGUUAUUGCAGGCUUGACUGUCCAGGAAGCCAAGAAGGGUGGUCUGUCUACUGCGCAAGCUCAGCAAAUGGAUGAUCAAUCUUCGCUGUUCGUUCCGGAGACAACCAACGUCUUCAAGCAACAGUCUAUGGAGACGAAAUCUUCCGUUGGCAACUUUGGCUACAAUCCGGCCGCGUCUCCCUUCCAGCCUAAUGGCGCUUUUACAACAUCUCCAAAUCCGUUUGCGAAAGCAAUCCAGCCUGGCCUCUUCGAUCCUUCAAAGAACAACAUCCAAUUCGCGCAACCUGCGGAAGCGAAGCCCAACCCAUUCCUGCAAAAGAACGCCAAUCCAUUCCCUUCGGCAUCGCCUGCACCGUCAGGGAACCCUUUCCUGAAGAACAAUACUGCGCAGUCGGAAUCUACACCACAGACUGCUGCAAACCCUUUUCUGAAGUUCAAUAAUGCUGCGCAGUCAGAGUCAACAACAUCAACGACCCCCGCGAACCCUUUCUUGAAGAACAAUGCCGUACAGCCUCCGUCCACGACACCUCCAACUCCUGCAAAUCCGUUCAUGUCCGGAUCGUUCGCACCCUCACAACCUAAUCCUCAAACUCAACCAGAAGCUUCUGUCCCUGAACCCGCAGUAUCAGCCCCUGCAACUACGCCCAAGCCUGCUUCCGCUUUCAACUUUACUGGAUCGUCAUUCAAUUCCACCCCUGCUAAUGGACUACGACAGGAAGGAUUUUCCUUCACUCCUGCUGGAUCACCACCGCCAGCUGAGACAUCUCCACAAGACGAGGAAACAAAGAAGGCGGAGCAGGCGAAACAGGAAGCUGCUGAGAAGCAACGAAAAGAGGAUGAGGCACGCCAGCGCGUACGGGAAGCACAACAGGCAAAGCAGGCGAAAGAAGCAGAACAGAGGCGACAGCAGGAGGCGGCAGAGGCUGCCGCUGCACAACAACGACAAGCGCAGGCGGAGCGUGAGCGAAAAGCCCGCGAACAGCAAGAAGAAUUGGCACGACAGGCAAGGCAACGUAAACUACAAGAGGAGGAGGCGCGCGCAGCACGAAUACGGGAGAAGGACGCAGCGCUGCAUGCGCUCACGGCGGAUGUAAUGUUUAACCCACAGGAAGGAUUGAUAAUGCAGUUCGUUGAAAACGAUAUCAUGAACAUGGCCAGGGUGGCUAUGAUGACGGUAGAAAUGGAGAAGAGAGUAGCGAUGGUAGACCGGAAGUACGAAAAAUACUUGGAAGAGUUGAAGCGAGCGGGUUUGGCCAAGAUGAUGGCAGCGGCAGAGAAGAAGAGGCGGCUGCAAAAGGCACGGGAGAGGAGGAAGCGGUUGAAGGAACAGCGAGCGAAGGUAGAGGUUGGGGGAGAAGAGCAACUUGCAGACACGCCUGCACCAGUACAACCGGCGAUCUCGAACGGCAAGGCGUCAACAGUGGUGCCACCAGAAGGACGAUCAUCUUCGAAGCAAUCUGUAGCUCCCCAGAACAGUCGGCGCGCCAAGCGAACCCAAGAGCGUCACCAGGCUCAAGCUUCCGAGACAAAUGGUGUGAGCCCGACUAAACCGGCACCAACACCGGUCAACAACAAGGCUUCUGAUGCUUCAUUCGACAAGAGCACAAGCAAUGCUAGUACAUCGAUUUCCGCGUACUCGCAGGCCUAUCAACAAGCCGUUGCAAAUGCACCCGUAGACCGAACUGAAACAGACUGGUUCAGGCUACGGGCUAGAGGCAUCGAUCCAAGCAAGCACCGCAAGCGCAGUUUCGACUUUGGCUCAUCGGACGAGGAAAGGCCAAAAUUGAUCGAAUCAAAGCGACCCAAAUUAUCACCAGAUUCUCCUGCGCCAGAGCAUCAAGAGCAGCCCGCACCGAAGACUAUGCUGGAGGAGCAGCGUGCUCGUGUCGAAGCCAUCAAGGAGUCUUUCAGGAGGUCAGCAUCAUCAGUAUCGCCUACUCAGUCUUUCAACGGCGCAGUGUCUUUCAACGGACGGUCUUCGUUCAACAAUUCGACGAGUAGUCUCAUCGCAAGGGCCCGACAGACGCUGGCAAACUCAAAGGCCGAGAUGCCACCACCCUCGUUUACCCCUAGCAGGUCCAUGUAUCGAAGGGAGUCUUUUGACGGCAAUGCCAGCCAGCUCAUCGCACGAGCUAGGGGUCUCACGUCUGCCGCCGCCUCUGCGUCAAACGUCCAACACGACUGGAGUCGUAGUGUACCUAACCUUGGCCUCUCCGCAUCGCAAAGCCAGCAUUCUACAUACGGUACAUCUACGUACGGCAAUACACUCCGCACAAGCACCUCGACAAAGAGCCGUCCAGCAUACUGGGAUCGCACGAGCCGCUUCGUACCCCGCCAUCUUUAUGGCCAGGGUGCGGAAGCCGUUCGUGCCUAUAGGAUUGAACAGGGUCUUAGCAAAUCACCUGCCAGCACUCGACCUGCUAGUACAGAGCCUCUGGAUAUCUCUUCGCCGAUACCGACGCAGGUCUCGUAUAAUCAACAGGCGAAGGCCCAGCCGAUGAGCUUCAAGCAAGAGCAUUACACUGGCGGUUUCAUGUCGGCUAGCAAUUUCCAGGCCGUCAAUGGAGAUUCUCUUCUAAUCGACAACAACGCCAUUAUGACUGAUCAAGGAGAUGAACUUGAGUCGUACAACAACCACUUUGGUACUACGGACUCGUAUCCUGGUGCUCAGUAUACUACUUCUCUCUCCCAGCAGCAACAUGAGCAAAAGGAAGAGUACUACGAUCAAGACGCAGAGCAAGACGCGGAUUCUGAGAUGCUUGAUGGCGAGGAAGAUGAAGAGUUGCUUGAUUACGAUGAAGACUCUGAGCUUGACGAAGAGGAGGUUGAUCUGGACGAGCACGAGGCCGAGGAGGAGCUAGAGUCUUUUGAUGAGGAAGAUGAGGAAGACGACGAUGAUGAUGAGGAAGAAGAAGAAGAAGAAGAUGGCGGUAGUGAGGGUCUAGCCGGCAACGAGAAACCGGGGGCUACCGAGGACGACGCUAUUGAGUUGUCAGAUUAG